AUGUACAUUUUUCUUCCUGAUGCGAAAGAUGGACUGCCAGCUUUAAUUGAAAGGGCGGCUUCAGAAUCUGGGUUCUUGGAAGGCAAGCUUCCUCGGCGGAAAGUGAAAGUGAAUGACUUCAGGAUUCCAAAAUUCAGGAUUUCUUUUACGCUUGAAGCUUCUAAGGUGCUGGGAGUGGUUUCACCGUUCUCUCAAGGUGAUGCUGAUUUUGGAAAAAUGGUGGACUCUCCUUUCAAUCGACUAUACAUUGAAAGCAUGUUUCAGAAAGCUUUCAUCGAGGUUAACGAUGAAGGCACUGAAGCCGCAGCAGCGGCCACUGUGAGUUUUGCUAUGCGGGGUGAUACAAGUCCGACUGGUAUCGACUUUGUAGCUGAUCACCAUUUUCUCUUUUUGAUCAGAGAAGAUUUGACAGGAACAAUUCUGUUUAUUGGGCAGCUGCUCCAUCCUCUUGAUGCUACUUAA